UCAAUAAGCAAUCAAACAAAUUAUAAACAAGUGAAUCUAAAGCACAGAAUCUAAAAAGCUCAAAGACAAUUGUGAGGAUCGUCGAUUAAUUAUUACUUUAAUUUAUUUCAUUAAAAUCGAUAUAGUUUCUACACGCUUUUUUCUCAUUCAAUUACCGCUAAAUUGCCGAUCAGAUCCUGUGAAGUAAAGUUGCAUAAAGUAUUAAAAUAGUGAACAAAAGUGACUUAGAAGAAUCAACUUAAAGACUUUUUUUGCUACCAACGAAAUCGAAACAAACGGUAUUCAAAAUGAUGCAAAAUAACGUAUCACAAAAAGUAAAUUUGUUGAAUCAGCUUACAAGGCAAAACAGCAACGGUAGCACUAGCGGAAUGAGUAAUCAGAAGACUCUUGAUAUUAUCCGUGAGGAUUUAGGACAUCUCGUAGAGACUGAAGGAACUUACUGGGAUAGUCGCCAUCCUCACAUUUUUGCUGUUAUGGGUGCAUCGGGAGACCUGGCAAAGAAGAAAAUUUAUCCAACACUCUGGUGGUUGUAUCGUGACAAUUUAUUGCCACCAGUUACAAUUUUCUUUGGAUACGCUCGCAGUAAAAUUACAAUCGAAGAUAUUCGUAAGAAAUGUGAUCAGUACAUGAAAGUAAAGGAUGAAGAGAAGGAAAAGUAUGAGCAAUUUUGGAAGAUUAAUUACUAUGUUGCUGGAUCAUAUACAGAACGUCGUGAUUUUGAGAUGCUCAAUCAGGAAAUGUCGAAACAUGACAAUCUCUCAACUGCAAAUCGUCUCUUUUAUCUUGCCUUACCCCCAUCCGUUUUUGAGCCGGUUACAGUUAAUAUUCGCAACACAUGCAUGGCAUUACAGGGAUGGAGUCGUAUUAUUGUCGAAAAGCCUUUUGGAAAGGAUUCAGCAUCAUCAAAGCUAUUGAGUGAUCAUUUAGCAUCAUUGUAUACUGAAGAUCAACUUUAUAGAAUUGAUCACUACUUAGGCAAGGAAAUGGUUCAAAAUCUCAUGACAAUUCGUUUCAGCAAUCAGCUGUUUAAUCCAACAUGGAAUAGAAAUAAUAUUGCAUCAGUUCUGAUUUCAUUUAAAGAGCCUUUUGGAACUGAAGGUCGUGGAGGAUAUUUUGAUGAAUUUGGUAUCAUCAGAGAUAUUAUGCAAAAUCAUUUAUUGCAAAUAUUGACACUUGUCGCGAUGGAAAAGCCAGCAUCCGUUCAUCCUGAUGACAUUCGUGAUGAGAAAGUUAAAGUACUCAAAUGCAUUCAACCAUUGACUCUUGAUGAUGUUGUUUUAGGACAAUAUAUUGGCGAUGAAGAAGGAACUGGUGAAGCAAAACUUGGAUAUUUGGAUGAUCCAACAGUACCAAAAGACUCAACAACACCAACAUAUGCUCUUGCUGUACUUAAAAUCAAUAAUGAGAGAUGGGAUGGUGUAAAUUUCAUUUUAAGAUGUGGCAAAGCUCUUAAUGAACGUAAAGCUGAAGUAAGAAUUCAGUAUCAUGAUGUGCCUGGUGAUAUUUUUGGAGGCAAAGCAAAACGUAAUGAACUUGUUAUUCGAGUUCAGCCUGGCGAAGCUUUAUACAUUAAGAUGAUGACAAAAAGUCCAGGAAUCACUUUUGAUCUGGAAGAAACUGAGCUUGAUUUAACUUAUGGACAUCGAUAUAAGGGCGUUUCCUUGCCUGAUGCUUAUGAGAGAUUAAUUUUGGAUGUUUUUUGUGGAAGUCAGAUGCAUUUUGUUCGAAGUGACGAACUUUGUGAAGCUUGGCGAAUUUUUACACCACUUUUACACAACAUUGAAGGCAAUAAAAUUAAUCCAAUUCCUUACAAGUAUGGUAGUCGUGGACCAAGAGCUGCUGAUGAGAAAUGUCUUAAUUCUAAUUUUAAAUUUACUGGUACCUAUAAGUGGCAUGGAAACCGUUGUUAAGUGACAAGCAUUUACUCUUUUGACAUUUUUAAUUAUUUUAUUAUUUAUGAGACAAAAUGUUAAUUAAUAGAAAGGUGUAGUCAUUGUUUUUGUUUAGGGCUCAAAUUAAGAGACAAAAAAAUCAUUCCUUAUUAGUAUUUACUCAUCCAAAUUUAAAAUCAACUUAAUAUUAUUGACAUUCUAUUUAAUUAAAUUAAUAUUGG